CUGUUUCGCUAAGGGUGCAGACCUGCUGAAUCGUCAUGUACACAGGUCCCGGGCAUGUGCUCGUCGCGAUCGCGAUCGCACUCGUCGUCGCUUCAGCCGUGUCGCCGUCACGUGGGGAGCUUAUCGUCGAAAUGCCCAAAUUCGCUGAACCGAUAAAAAAUGUUACGGUUCCGGUUGGCAGAGAAGCAAUAAUAGUGUGUAUCGUGGAUGACCUCGGUUCUUAUAAGGUGGCAUGGUUACGGGUGGACACACAGACCAUACUAACCAUCCAUAACCACGUGAUCACGAAAAACCACCGGAUCGGCGUGUCGCACUCGGACCACAGAACGUGGCUCAUACACAUCAAGGAGGUGAGAGAGUCCGAUAAGGGUUGGUACAUGUGUCAGAUAAAUACGGACCCGAUGAAAAGUCAACUGGGCUUCUUAGAUAUCGUCGUUCCUCCAGACAUAUUGGACUAUCCAACGAGCACGGACAUGAACAUCAGGGAAGGCAGCAACGUGUCGCUGAGAUGCGCGGCUUCGGGAUCACCUGCGCCCAAUAUCACGUGGCGUAAAGAAGGACUCGAGAAUAUACGUCUGGAACACAGCCAACAAGUGCACAGCGUCGAAGGGCCAGUUCUGAAUCUGACACGGAUCAGUCGCUCUCACAUGGGAGCGUAUCUGUGCAUAGCGUCAAACGGGGUACCGCCAUCGGUCAGCAAACGGAUUAUGCUGGUGGUGAACUUCCCGCCGAUGAUAUGGAUUCAAAACCAGCUGAUCGGAGCAUUCAUUGGCCAAUCACUGACUCUCGAGUGUUUGUCCGAAGCGCAUCCCAAGUCGAUCAACUAUUGGACCCGAGAGGCCGGCGAGAUCAUUGCUCACGGAGAAAAAUACGAACCGGAAGAGUUUGUCACCGAACAAUAUAAAACGCGAAUGAAACUCACAAUUAAGUCUGUUACUGCCGAAGAUUACGGCACGUACAAAUGUUUGUCAAGAAAUGCACUCGGAGACACUGAUGGCACAAUAAAAAUAUACCAAGUGGCUAAUAACGGCGGACACAGCACUACGCGACCCAAGCACAGAUACAAGAACCGUAACCGGACCAGAAUACGAGCGCAAUCGAAUGAUAUUAGAGACUCGGCGUUCUUAUCGAAGGACGAAAAUAGCGAAUUGCAGACACAUUACGACGACGAUGGCGAACUUGAAGAAUACGAUUCCGGAUCGCAAACUCACGAACUAGAGUUUUACACAGCGAUAUUAUGCGUAAUCGCGUUGGUGUACGGGCACGAGUGAUUCGAAAACACUACAAAAAAUUCGUUGUCCAAUAAAAUUACGAUUUCUAAUAAUGAUAAUAAUUUACUUAUACGCAUAGAUAAUAUUAUUAUAUAAUAUGAUAUGUUGUUAAGUCUGAAAUGUUUUUGGUCCUUUCGUGGUUUGAUUUUAUUUUUCUAGUCCGAUCUCUUGGAAUAAUGUAUUGAUUACUAUGUACACUUGAAUUCAACUAUGUAUAGUAGUAUUAUAUUAAUAGGUUAUAUAUAAGUAUAUAAUAUACAGGGUGAUUCUUUUAACAGUAAAUAUUAUGUAUUUAUCUUUUUGAAAAGUAUUGACGUUUUAAAAAAUUUUUUUUGCAUAAUUUGCAUUCGUUGCAAUGCCGUAUUUAGACAUUUUUUGCCCUGGUGUAAAAAAAAAUUGGCGGAGAAUAUUCCGCUGGAAAUAUGGGAGAUAGAUCUUCAUGAACUCUUCCGAUUGUGAACCAAGUAAAGAAUCUAUUGGUUUUACAAUAAUGUGUGAUUUUUUAAAAAUAUUGUUUAAUAAUUUCAUGAACCUCUUUUCCCUUUCUGAAGAUAACAUUGAGUGUAUGCAGCUCGAGCCAUGCUUAUAAUUCAUCAUAUUAUAAGUUGUUUCUUUUUUUACAUAUUAUUUAGGUACUUCUUGGAUCAUACUAAUAUAUUAUACUGAAUAAAAUAAAAAUAAAUGUAAUAAAACUAUAUUAUAAACUAUGCAAAUUAAUAUUAUAUUUUUUCAAUAUACAUUAAUAUAAUAUACCUAAAUGCUUAUUAAUAAUUUUUAAAACAAAUUUUUGAUGAAGUUAUAGGUACUUCAAUUAUUUUUUUUAUUAGUUAUUAUUUAUUAACAAUGUUAAGCAUUAUUUUAUCAAGUUUUAAUAGGUGGUUUUACACAGGAAUUUUAGAAUAUUAAAUGCAUAUGUUGAGCUUUAUAGUGGAAAGUUGAGAGCAGUUUUUAAAUAGCUUAUGUCUAUUGAAUCCCACAAAUUUGGGAGAAGGAACUAUUAUAAGGUACCUAUAUUAAUAAUUCUCGAUCACUGGUAGCUAUAAAUACACAAGUUGUUUAAAUUCCAAUUAUCAAUCAUCAUAAUAUUUGAAUUUAAUAUUAUAUAUAUUUAUUAUAUUAUUAAAACAAUUUCAAUUUUUAAAGUUUUGAUAAUUCAAAAGUGAAAAAAGUGAACUAAUUGUUUACCACAAAAUGUUGGACCCAGGACAAAUUUCACCAUUCCUCCCCCUAAAUUCGGCUCUGAUAAAACAACAUUUUUGAAAAAAAUAAAAUAUUUAUCGUUAUCAUUUCUUAAGUUUAAUUGUUUUGAAUAGUAACGUAAAUUUUUAAUUUCAUAUUCCUAAUCAGAAUUUGUAAGUAGGUAUUUAAAGUAUAAACGGGCGAAGUACAGUUGAGUAACACAGAAAUAGGUACCACAAGCAAUUUUGAUGGACUACUCCUCAGCUGAUCUAAAUGUUAAAUACUUAUACGCCAAACAAAAACCUUUUAAAUUACCAAUAAAAAAAAAAAAAAAAAAUAGAAAUAACAGCUAUAGUUUUUUUUUCAAAAAUAUUGUUUACGAAGUAAAAAAAACUAUUUUCAAAAUCGUUAACACUUUUUGAGAUAAUGCUUGUUUAAUGUUAAAAGAAUCAUACAUACAAAAAAAAAAAUAAAAAAAUUAGAAUUAAUUGAUAGUAAAAUAAAUAUUGUAGUAAAAUUAUAUUAUAUUACAUUAUAUUCUGUAAUGUUAUUAUGCAGACCAUAGGCGCAAUUUGGAGGGGUCUAGGGGGGGGCAUCGCCCCUCCUAGUUUUAUUCAAGCCCCCCUAAGUUUUUAAAUAUAUUCAUUCUUAAAUCCACCUAAUAAAAAAAUGAUGCUGGUCUGUAUUGAUUUUAUAAAUUUAGCCCCCCCCCCCCCCCCAAAUCAAGGGUCCAAAUUGCGCCUAUGAUGCAGACGUGUAUAAUAUAGUGUAUACAUAUCAUUAUAAUAUAUUUAAUAUAUGUAUAUAAUAUAAUACAUGCGUGUGUAUACAAUACUUUAUACAAAGUGACUCGGUUAGUAUUGUUUUAAAUUAAAAUAUGUAUAUUAUAAGAAAAUAAUAUUGUUGUCCAUUAUCGUAGAUUCGUUUUAGUGAAUUAUUUUUCAUACUAGUCUUGUCUAUUUUUGCCUGAUAAAAAUGUGUUGUGUCUUGUUUGCAUAUAUAUAUAUAUAAGCAUAGGCAUAAAAUUUAAUUAGAUAACCAAAAAAAUUACGCGUUUGUAAAAUCACGCUAGCUAAAAAAAAAAGACUGAAUGAAUGAGUGAGCAUCAAGUAUAUUUUGUAUCGUAAACUUGGCUCUCCAUUAAUAAAAUAAUAAUGAACGUUUAACGAAACUGUCUGUAUUAUUUUACGACUUUAGAUAUACGUAUGUAACGAACAUAAACUUGUACAUAUCAUUUGAUGCUAUCCAUACGGAAUUAUUUUCAAGUCCGCACUAUAUUCAUUUCAUUGUAAUAUAACGCGAUUAUGCGCAGUAUUAAGUAGGUAUACCUACUAAUUACUAUUAUUAUAAAUUAAAAUACUAUAAUUAUCAUAACUAUAAUUAUUUUAAUAAAAAUAAGAAUACGAUAAUAUCAUCUGCGAAGUACUUACUUACAAUACUCUAAAAUUUCCCCUGUACAUUCCAAAUCGUAUACCUAAGUUAUGAUAAGGAUUUAAGAAAAGUAAUUUAAAAAUAUUUAGUGGUUAUUUGAUGUUAUUGCAUAUUAUCUUAAAAUCUUAAAUAAAAUGAAUACCUUUAUUUUAUCGUAAUGUAAACGAAUAUCGGUUUUACAUAAAAUACAUUUGUGUAGUUCAAAAACCACAUAAUGUCAUAAUAUGUUAGAUACUUAAAAAAAAAAUUUAACAAAUUGUAUAUUAGGGACAUUUUAUUUAUAUUUAAAAUUAAGACAAGAUAUAUUAUAUAAUAUUAUAGUUUAAUAAUUAUGUAUAUACAAUAUAUAUAUUAUAUAGGUACUUUAUAAUAUGUUUACUACUGAUAAAACAUUUUAACAUCGUAAAAUUAAUAAUAUCUGUGCAUUUCAUCUGAAAUAAGUAUUAAUAAAUAAUAAUCCUGUGAGAUCUCACAAUGCUCACCGGCUUGUGCUUAACUGACACGUUUUUUAAUGUAUAAUUUGAUUAAUAACUAUAGCUGUUAGCAGCUUUAAUAAUUCCAAAUGGUUUUAUGAAAAACGGAAAGAAGGUAAUUAUUUCUCAUGUAGUCACGUUUGAGUUUUUAACCAAUUACUAUUUGAUUCAAGUCUAUAAAUAAAAGUGAAUUUAGUGCAUUAUGAGACUUACGGGGAUAAAGAAAAUAUUUAUACAGCCGUUCUACAAAAGCAGAUCAAAUGUUUUCUUUAGCUGUCUUUUAGAUAUUUUCGUUCAUGUUAUAGACAUUUCACGUUUUUCUUCGUCGACUCUCCUAUCAUGCGUAUUUCACUGUAAAAUCUCUUAAAAUUGUUAUUGAAAACUCUAAUGGUUUUCGUUUUGAUCGUUCGUAUAGUAUUGUAUUAUAAUAAAUUACAAUAUUGCAUAGGCACUGUAUACCGUAAUAUAAUAUACUAUGUACGGCUAUACCUACCAUCAAAAUGAAUUAGCAGUAACUAUAGAGAUGUUCAUUAGCUAAUGGUUGAUUAUUUGUACUUGUACUAUAAUAAAUAAAUAAUUAUAUAUUCCUAAUAAAAUAUUAUAACUGUUUUAAAAUAUUUUCAAUCAUACUGUGAUGUUCCUAUACCUAUGUUUCAAAAUAUUUUUUAUUCGUACCUAUAUUACAAAAAUUUGAUUUUGAUUUGGUUUGGUACGACAUUCAAUAUUGUAUAAUCUACUAUAUGAAAUAUAUAUUAAUACAAAAUAUCAAAUAAUAUUUACUUAUAUAAUAUUAUUAAUUAUAAAUAUGUCAAUACCUAAGCUACAUCGGCCGUCAUCAGAUGUAUAUUUAUAUUUCCUUAAUCUUGGACUAAAGUCUAUAUAGUAUAAUAAUAUGAUGAUCCGUGUGGUUUGUUUGUUUGUAACAAUGUAACAUAAUAUUUUAAGAUAUCUUGUACCUAUUUUUUUUUUGUUUUAGUUGUACUUAAUUCAUCAAUAUUAUUAUAUUACGGUAGGAAUUUGUAUAAUAUGCUUUCAAUCGCAAAUAAUCUCACACUUGAUGAUAUGAAUUAUUGUAUAUUACUAAACGUGCACAUUUGUCCAUUGAUAUAGAAGUAGUAAUAUUAUAAAUUGUAAUAACUACUUUUAUGAUUAUUUUUGUGUAAUAAUAUCAUCAAAGAAUAAAUAAAGUAAUAUUACUAUGCACGGAACAAAUAUUGUGGUCGACCCUAUCAUAAUGGUUGAUCAUUUCAUAAAUGUAAAACUGUUUUAGUAAUUUCAUUGCAUGGCUAAAAACUAUAUUACAGCUGUGUAUCUAGGUAUUGUAUUGUAUUUAUAUAUUUGAAAAAGUUGAAAAUGUUUACCUAUCUGAUAAGGAAUUUUUUUAAAUAUAAAGUACACAUGUUUCUCUAAACUGUUUUAAAGAAAAUUAAAUUAAUUUAUAACAUUAUGUAUACGUAGUAAAAUAUUUUAUAGCAAAUAUAAUUGUCUACUUUAUGAUGUUUAUGUGAAGUUAAAAACUCAACAACUCUAUUUAUAAUAUAAUACAACAUUUUACAUAAAAAUA